CACAGUGAAUAUCUUCUUUUGCAUACGCUUUUAUGAAUUUGCAAUAAAUGAAUUUGCAACAGAACAUUGUCAGCCAAGCUACAAACCUGCAACAGACCUCCAACAUUGGAGCGUUCUUUUAAGGAAGUGGUUGGAAGGUGGGAGCGGUCAUCUUGUUCAUACUUCCAUCAGAAAAGCGUGUUUGCUUGUGUGAAACAGCGCUAGAAAGCGAAGAAAAGUGAGUCUUUUUGAGAGAGAGAGAGAUAUAGAAAUGGUGGGACCAACAAGGCCACAGUUCGUGCUCUUUGGAUCCUCCAUUGUCCAGCUCAGCUUCAGCCAUGGCGGUUGGGGCUCCAUUCUCACCGACAUCUACGCUCGCAAAGCAGACAUAGUGUUGCGAGGGUACUAUGGAUGGAAUUCGAGGCGUGCUGUUGAGGUCCUGGAUCAAAUUUUUCCAAUGGAUGCUGCUGUACAGCCUGCUUUGGUGAUAGUCUAUUUUGGUGGUAAUGAUUCCAUGGGGCCUCACUCAUCUGGCCUAGGUCCUCAUGUAUCACUUCCUGAGUACAUAGAGAAUAUGAGAAAGAUUGCAGUUCAUCUCAAGAGCCUCUCUGACACCAUACGCAUCAUUUUCCUGAGCUCUCCUCCAGUUGAUGAGGAGAGGGUUCGAUCAGGCACAAGUGGAAUUUUUAGUGAGCUAGUACGAACAAAUGAGUUAUGCCAGAAGUAUUCAGAAGCAUGCAUAAAGCUAUGCCAGGAAAUGGGUGUGAAAGUUGUUGAUCUUUUCUCUGCACUUCAAAAAAGAAGCGACUGGACGACUGCUUGCUUUACGGAUGGAAUUCAUUUAGGUGCUGAAGGGAGCAAAAUAGUUGUGGAGGAGAUACUGAAGGUGCUGAAGGAGGCUGAGUGGAGUCCAUCUCUACACUGGAAAUCCAUGCCCACUGAAUUUCCUGAGGACUCGCCAUAUUAUCUUGUUGCCGCCAACGGAAAAACAACACUAAAUCCCUCUGACUGGACAUUUCACAGGGAAAUUCAAUGGGAAUAGGUGGUAGUACCAACUUUUUCACUAUGUUUUUCCUCCGUCUAGUAGGAAUUUAAGAAGAGCUAAUUUUACGAGAAUCAAACAUGAAAACUAGAGGGCUAAAAAAAGGUAAGGGUUUUCAGGAAGCCAUUGAGAAAAAUUAUUGCAAUUAAAUCUUUUAAGCGUUUAUGAACACAAUUUUAUUUUCAGUUCUAUUGUUUCUUGUAUAACAGUCAUUUUUUAAUGACAAAUAUGAAACCCAUCUCAUUUUCCUUCCAUAGAAA